AUGACGACGGCAGUCAAACGGGCCUGCGAUGGCUGUCAUCGUCGCAAGGUCAAGUGCGACGGCAUGCAGCAAUGUCGAAACUGCGAGAACGCCAACCUCAACUGCACAUACAAUGCCAUUCCUCAGAAAAAGGGACCCAAGGGUUCCCGUGCCAAGGUCAUCAGCGAGUUACGAGAAAACCAACGCGCGACCAGUUUAGCAGCCUUGGUGCACAACAGAGUAGUUCUCCAUGCCGGACCUUCUCCAGGUAGCGAUCCCAGUCUCAACCCGACUCCCAACAUGCUGUCGCCCGAGUUGCUCAAGAGCUGCGUCACCUUCUUCUUCGAUCAUGUGUAUUCCAUGCUACCUAUCCUGGACCGAGAUCAGAUCGAAGCUUCCAUCGCUGUUAUGGACGGAAAUCGCGACUCCUAUUGCUUGUUCACUUCCCUGUGUGCUUUCGUACUACUUCAGCCUGGCAUGACCAUGCCACCAAGUGAUCCAUACAACCUCGAAGGUGUUCCCGGCGCCACCAUCGCAGCCAGCAAUAUGCUACUCGAAGAAUGUCUUCGCGUUCGCAAGGGAAGCGAAUUUCAUGAGAUGAUUAACCUGAACGUUAUGGCCACGAGUUUCUUCAUUUACGCUUGCGCCCACGCCUUGCAACAGCAUGACAAGGCCUGGUUCUACCUACGAGAGGCCACAACGAUGGUUUACAUGGCAGGCAUGACCCAAGAGUCACACUUCAGCCAACUUGGAAACGCCGAAUCCGUUAGAAGACGCCGCCUAUACUGGCUGCUGUUUGUUACUGAGCGAGCUUACUCAAUUCAGCGUCAUUUCCCUUCGACACUCCCGGCAACGAUUGCCCCCAGUUCAAUUGGCGACGACAGCACCGAUGGAUUGUACCCCGACCUUCACGUGUUCUUCCACCUCUGUGACCUUUAUCGAUCCGUGGAUGAAUCAUUCUUGAAUACCUGGCGGUUUGGCUGCUCGUAUCUUGAUGCAUCAUCUAUCGCAGCCUUGCAGAAGCAGAUCAGUGCCAGAGGCAACAGCUUUGCGUCAGACGCAAACUACAUGGCCAAUCACCAGUGGCUUAAGAACGCUAUGUGGCAGUUCAACAAUGCCAACACUGAUGAGCCCUACCAGUACAACAAUGCUGCCCUGGCUAGAGAUCUGACUCAAAAGAUGGUUUCUCAUUUCCCUGGUUCUCAACAAACAGAUCUCAUCAACUCUGGAUUGAUUCCCAAGCUCAUUGAGGUUUCAUUCAACCUGAUAAACUUGUUGGUUAAUAAGCCCCAACCACGCCAAAUGUUCGAGCCGGGCCCUCGACAAUGGCUCAAGCAACUUCUGGAUAUCAUGGAUGCCAUUCGAAACAACGGUUUCCAAUACGUGCCACUAUUGUUGAACAAGGUCAACGAAAUUCUUCCUCGUAUGAUCCGUCCAGUGCUAGAGAACGCUCCAGAAACUACGCAAUUCAGAAUGCCCGACAUGUUCGACGGCUUCGGCAAUGCCGGAAUGGCGCAGGUACCCGUGGCCAUGGAAGACUACAACCAAAGUAUGCCCGUCGACAACUACAGUCAGGCUAUGCCUAUGAAUGAGUAUGAAAACAAGUAUCAGGAUAUGGGGGGAAAUAGUCCCGACUCGCUCCCGAAUUCAAUUCACUCUCACCACUCGAAUGGCACACCCCCUGGAUCGCAACCGGGAAAUGAGAUGGUUGCCCCCUUCGUCAGUUCCCCUGGUUCCGUCAUGUCCCCAUCUGGUAUGGAGUAUACCCAGAACAUGCCCGCCUUCAGUAUGCCUGACAUGAUGAAUCCUCUUGGAGGACCCGCUCCGUCUAAUUCCAUCAACAAUAUUCAACAUCAGCAAAAUAUCGAAGGUCAAUCACAAAUGCAGGGCAUGCAAAACACCAACGUCAACAAUCCGUCGGUCAGCCAAGUCAUGAACCCAUUGUACGAUAUACGGCAACCACAACGACAGAACAGCUUCCACCUACAAAAUCAGAGUCCGCUAUCUGGAAUGGGUUCAAUGCCGCCGGAUCUGAGCUUUCAACCGAUGAGAUGA